AUGUCUUCUAAAUUCACCAUUCCCCAACUCCUCGUUCUCCUCCCCUUCCUCGGCCUUGCCAUCGCUGCCCCAGCUCAAAAGUCUACUACCAAAGCAACAUCUGCCACCGCAACUAUCUCCGGUACUAAAUCUACCGGUACCGCAACCGCUACUUCUACCUCUGCAGCUCUCAGCACUGGUCUCUCCUCCGGCAAUUUGAAGCCCACCUGUGCUCCGGGCGGGAACAUCGAUCUCUCAAAAUGGACUCUCCAACUCCCCAGCGGUACUCAAGGACAUCCUGAUUCCGUCACCGGCUCCAAGCUCGCUGGUUGCAGUGGAUACACAUCGAAAGAUUACUUCUACACCAACACCGACGGAUCAAUCGUCAUGAAAGUGCCAGGCGGCGUAUCAACCGGCUGUGUCACCACUGCCAACUCCAAGCAUUGCCGCACUGAGCUUCGCGAAGCUAGUCCUAGUUCCUGGAGUCCAAGUUCUGCAAGCAAUAAACUCAGUGCUACUCUUCAGGUAGUUACUGCGGAUGAUUCUUCACAUGGAACGGUCAUUGGUCAAAUCCAUAUCGAUGAUAGUGUAUCUUCCAAGCCUGUGUGUGAAUUGUUUUAUAACUCUAAGGGAGUCAUUUCGAUGGGUGUUGAGCAGACCAGAGAUGGUGGUAAUGAAAUUGUUACCCAAGUUGGGAGUGUAGCCGUUGGAUCCAAGUUCUCUUAUGAAAUUGCUUAUGAGGGAGGCAAGUUGAGUGUGGCUAUUAAUGGGGGUGCAGCAAAGACAUUGGACACUUAUCAAUUGGAUAGUCCAAAGAGCUACUUCAAGGCUGGUAACUAUAACCAAGGGAACAGCAAGUCUGAGGUGCACUUUUUUGCGAUUGAUGUUCAGCAUUAA